GCGCGGCGUCGGCGAGCGGAGGCGUCGAGCGGCAUUCUCGCCCCGGCUGCGAACGACGCCGCCCGCCGACCCAGGCACGCGCUGACAGGGUGACAGCCGAGUGCUACUUCAGCAGGGAAAAGCAGGCGGAGCGAGGAUGAGGACCGCCAUCUGGGUGAUUUUGUGGCUUCGGGUGGUCUGCUGGGCAGCAGAAGAGCCGUCCAUCACUAUUGAUCCCGAUGGAGAAAUCCCAGUGGUUGAAGGAUUUGGAGGAAACAUCGAUAUUGUGGAAGAAGACGAUGUCCUUGUUUUAACAAGGGACAAUUUCUUGCAUGUUGUAAAUCCAAAAGAUGUUAUACUUGUUGAGUUUUAUGCACCAUGGUGUGGCCACUGCAAGUCUCUAGCCCCUGAUUAUGCAGCUGCAGCACGCGAGUUAAAAGAUGAUGGCAUACGGCUUGCCAAGGUGGAUGCUACAAAGGAGACAGAACUAGCAAAGGAACACCUUGUAUCGGGUUAUCCAACAAUUAAACUGUUUAAGAAAGGGCAACCUAUUGAAGACUAUUCUGGAGCAAGGACAACUCAAGGUAUAUUCUAUUGUAGAGUACUGCGCAUGCAUGCUGAUCCUAACUAUCAACCUCCACCCUCUGCUGUAAUGGUCCUAACUAGUGCUAACUUCUCAAAGACCAUUAAAUCUAAAGAGCUCAUCCUUCUUGAGCCAGAAUAUGAAGGAGCUGCCAAAGAGCUAGUGAAAGUUGACAUCCCACUAGCAAAAGUAGAUGGCCCAGAGGAGAAGGAACUUGCUGAUGAAUAUGGAGUUUCUGGCUAUCCAACACUUCUGGUGUUUAGAAAUGGGAGACAAUUUGACUUCAAAGGUCGGAGAGACUUGGAGGGAAUUAUAAAAUCGGUGCUGGAAAUGCACAAUAAUAUGGUUCGAACAGAUGCUACUGUCAUUGGUUACUUCACUGAGAAGGGUAACAUGUUUGAAGAAUACAUAGGAGCAGCAAAUGAGCUGAGAGGUAUAACUACAGCAACAUUCAAGGAUAUUGGGCUGUGGAUAGCUAAGAAGAGUGUCCCAUUAGUUGGUCAGCGUACGAAGAGUAACAAGGAUUUCAAUAUGAAACUAGACCUUUGGUUGUGGUGUACUAUGAUGUUAAUUUUUCACAUCAAUACACAGUUUAUUCGCAAUAAAAUCUUGCCAGUAGCAGAUGCAAAUAGGGGUAUCCUCUUUGCUAUUGCUGAUGAAGAGGAAUUUGAAGAUGAGAUCAAGAGCCUAGGGUUGGAAGAUUCUGGUGAAUCUGUAAAUGUUGGACUGUUCUCAAAUAACUUGAAGUAUCCUCUAGAACCUGAGGAUGAUUUUAGCUCAGAUGUAUUAAGCGAAUUUAUUGAUGAAUUUAAGGCUGCAAACCUAAAGCCAUUCCUGAAGUCUCAACCCAUACCCAAGAGGCAGGAGGGCCCAGUGCGCAUCUUUGUGGCCAAGAACUUUGAAGUGGAAGUUAUGCAGUCAAAGAAGGAUGUCCUCAUAGAAUUCUAUGCUCCAUGGUGUGGUCAUUGCAAGAACCUAGAACCAGUUUAUAAGAAAUUAGCCAAGCAUUUGUCAAAGAGUAAUGAAGAUGUUAUUGUGGGUAAGAUGGAUGCUACUGCCAAUGAUGUUCCUCCCUUGUUCAAAGUGUCUGGAUUCCCUACAAUCUAUUACCUAAGGGCAAGCGAAAAGGAUAACCCAGUGCCUUUCACAGGAGAGCGCUCUCUGAAGAAACUGAAGGAAUUUGUAGAGCAGGAGUCCUCCAUUUUUAAUAAUGUGGAAGAUACUCAGGAGGAGACUACAAAAGAUGAACUUUAGCAUCUUAAGAAAACUGAAAUCUGAAUGAGUAUGGGAGACUUAUUGGAACCAGUAUACAAAAUACAAAUAGAAAAAGGAAUUCCAAAUAGGAUAGUAACAAAGAUUAUUUAAGUCUUAAUUUCUAUGCACAGUUCAUAUCUUACUUUAUAAGAACAAAAAUAGAGACCUUUAAUUUUGGUAGUGCCUUAGUUGCACGUAGCACAAAUAUUUUAAUGUUAUUUCUGUCCAAGGGUCCUUAUUUUCUUCUGUGAUAACCAUGAGAUCUAAUCUGCAAUACCAAAGUCGGCAUUUACUAGUUUGAGAGUAUCGGUGCAUAACCUAGUGUCCUGUCGGUUAUCAUUGCUGCUUGGAAAUUAUUGUGAUGAGAAAUUGGUAUUUUGGUUGUGUAUUUAGUAGUGUUAUUAUUUUUGUGCUAUAUCCAUUCUCUGGAUAUAUAGGAUGAACUGAAUGGCACCAUCGUUUGUUUACAAUAGCACAAGCAUGAUUGUAUAUUUUUUUUGUUAACUUAUAGCAGAAAUUUGCUAUUUGUGAAACAAGUCAAAGGAAACUGUUUUGUUAUCUAAAUAUUUAGGUGAAUUUCAUGUUAUAUUAUUUCAAAUGUAACCAUGUAAUUUUGUGAUGGUAUUCAGUCGCAACCAUGACUAUAUUUGUAUUGAGCCAAUAUUUUUAAUUUUCUAAAAUAAAGAAAGGCUAUUAAA